AUGGUGCUGCUCCGAGCCACAGAAGUAAUGCCCUCUGCCCAAGCCUCAUGGAUUAUUCCAAUAUAUCAGCUGAUUGAUCACAUCACAGAGGACUCCAGUGAUAACACAAAGUGUUUCCUCCUUUUUGCUAACUAUGCCAACAAGAUAAAACAAGAUAUAUUAUUGAGACCAUAUCUAGAAAAUCUGGUAGCAAAUCAUCCAGACCAGUUUAAAGUGUGGUAUACUUUGAACAGACCACCUCAAGGAUGGAAAUAAAGUUCUGGUUUUAUUACUGCAGACAUGAUUAAAGAACAUCUUUCUCCUCCUGGUGAUGGCACACUGAUUUUGAUGUGUGGGCCUCCACCUAUCAUCCAGUUUUGUUGUCAGCCAAAUCUUGAAAAACUAGGUUAUGCUAAAGAAAACAAUUGUUUUACUUAUUAA